AUUUGGAAGAAUAGUUAUGUCUCAAACAAUCAUUGUUAUUUGGCAAGUCUUAAUAAUAGAAAUGUUUCGACAAUGCAACCAAAUAGUUUCAAAGUUAAAUAGUUAUGUUGCUGCAUGGAAGCAGGCCCACAGAAGUCUGGAAAUCGAAUUAUUGCUUAGAAUUGGCAUUUUCGUAUUAUUUAUGUAAGAAUUACAAUAAUGACAAUUGAAUUGACUUUGACUUUGAUUCUUCUAUCUAUAACUAUAAUUAACUAUAAUUUGCCACUAUAAUUAUAAAUUAUAACUAUACUAUAGACUAUAGUUAUAGACUAUACUAUACUAUAUAGUAUAGUAUAGAGACUAUAGUUAUAGUCUAUACACUAUACUCUAUACAGAUACACGAUACAUAUAACAUAACUAAAUCAGUCAAUUAUGAUUAUGAUGAAUGAAUGAAUGAUUGAAUUAUGAAUUUUUUUAAAGCCAUUUUCUUUACAAUUCAUUUAAUUCAAUAAUGAUACUGACUAUACUAAUACUAAUACUGCUGGCGUGUCAAUUGUCAAUAAUACUAAUUACUAAUACUAAAACAAUUUAAAUUAAAAUUUAAUUAAUUAAAAUAAAUUCCACCUUCGGAAGUAUCCUACUGCCUACCCCUAAGCUCAGUUAAACUGUAACUGUUAAUUGUGUUAAUUAAAUUAUUCUAAGUCUAAUCAAUUAGUAAUUAGUCCUACUCGCUAUUAUUAUUAUUAGCUAUUAGCUAGCGCCUAUAACUUUAAGGCAUAUAAAGUAUAAAGUCAAGGCCAAGGCCUAUUUAACCCUCUUGGGACAUAGACAUAAGGGCAGAUCUAUCGGCCCAAGGUAAAAUAGCGAAAAAGACAAAAGUCCGAACCAUCGGCCCAGUAAAUCGAGCCUCGUCAUUGGCUGGCUUGGCGUUGUACCAGCGAAUCAAAUUUAUUCUUACUUAUUCCUGCACAUCCCGGCCCAUUAAUGGCAGCGUUCGUUGAUGGUGAACUAAAUUUAUUUGUGUGCAGGAAUUUUUUUUGUGUGUAUAGUAUAUCGGGAAAUUUGAACAUGUCUGGCAGUGACUCUGAUUAAACUGUGCUUAGUGAUUUUGAUAUUCUAGAAGUGGAUCUGACACUGAAACUGAUGAAAACAACCAGGAAAUUAAUGAAGACUUUUAAAUUGAGGGUAAUGCUAAUGUUGUGAACUCUUGGUUUAGUAUUACUAGUACAGUAUUAGUAUUAGGGGUCCUCAAAUGGACAGACAUGACCACUCUGAAUUUUUAGACAAUAUAGAUUGCAAAGAGCUGGCGUUUAUUAGCUUUCAGACGACAAUAAUGUUAUCUUUCUAUUUUAACUUUCUUGUUUUUAAAGGUGCAGCAAUCAAAUUAUGAGGAGACCCUAGCAAAGUAAUAGUGAACAAAAUAUAACAUAAAUUUUGAAUUAAUGUUUAUUUUUGCUUAAAUUACUCUGUGUGGGGGUAGUAUUGACAUUUUUCAAAACCUAUACUUUUAAAAAAUAAGAAUAAUAUAGCAUUGAAUAGCAUAACUAUUCAUUUAAUGAAGAUAUUGAAAUAAAAUUUUCCACGGUAGCAGUUUCCAACUGAAAGUAAAGAAAUUUUAUCAAUUAUAAUCUCAUUUCCAAUCAAAAUAAAUCAUCUCCACAUUAAAAAAAAAUUGACGAAAAGCAAAUUUGACCAAAAACUACCGGUGGUCGACAUAUUGGAAAAUUUAAACACUUCAUUUGACUUCAUUCUAUUACAUUGGCAUAGCCCUUUACCUGGGCUUAGAUCUUAGAACAACCGUAAAAUUUAAUAAGUAAUGCCGUUAUAUGAAACUGCAUCUAGGUCUACAUGAUAUUAUCAUAAUUUGUCCAUAUCUUAUGACAUCCUAGUUGACCUAUUAAAAUGCCCAUAUUAUAGCCUUUAAUAUUCUUUUCUAUAGAGAUAUUACAAUAAUAUAUUAUUAAAAAAUAAAUAACUAAUUAGUAAUUUAGCGUGAUUAUAGGGGGGGAGGCAGCAAGUUUUUAUCUUUAUAUUAUGUGGAGGGGCAGUAUUUUUGGCAAACUGCAUAGUUUUAUGUGGAAGGGCGUGGGUGUCAAAAAUCUUGGUUGGCCCUGGGCAGCACUAACCGUAUUUAUGCCACUGGUGUAUCAACACCAGUGACCAGGACAUGAAAUAUACAUAAUGUAGGCCUACUCGAAGACUGGAUUUCAAAGCUCAACAAUAAAGUUUAAAAAAUCAACAUAAAUCCAGGGAUCAGACACAUGGAUAUAUGGGACAUCAACCUCAAUGGAGGCUAAUCUGUGAGAGAGAAAGAAAACUCCAACCAGGCUUAGACACUUCAAUUGAUUACAGUUACCACUCCUAUUGUUAGGGCUACCACAGUAACCUAACAGAAAACCCCAAAGACGGUAUGACAUUGUACGCAAUAAAAAAUUAAUGCAACUACUACAAUGCCCCUGGUACAAAGCCAUAUUGACCUUUUGAUGUUUUCUUGGAUUCGUCUUCUGCAUUAAUCUACUACCGGUAUCUGGGAAAAUUUGGUUCUAAAUAAAAAAUAUAUUACCCAGGCUUCGUUAUUUUCCAGAGACUAUCGAUCAACAUCAGACCAUUAUGACUGUGCGCCAUACAUUUUUUUUUUGUAUAACGAGCCUAACAAUACCAUGAAUUCAAUUGCAUUAUUAAACUUGACCUAUUUAUAGAUUAAUUAUAGCUUAAUUUGAUUUAAUCAAAUUAUAGCCCCAUUCUCUAGCUCAAUGGUUUAUUGAUCUUUUAUUUACAAUUUUUUAGUAUUCAUGCUUCAUGAAAAUUUAAAUAAUAAUUUAUAGAAAUAUAUUUUAAAAUAUUAAUUUCUGAUUAGAAAAAGAAAAAAUAUUUUAUAUGCAAAAAUGUUUAUGAUUUUUUUAAAUCUGGCCUAUAAGUUAUGAAAUGAAGUUUAACAUUGAUUUUUUAAAUCAACAGAAUUACAGAUAAUCUUAAUGGCCAUAAACAAAUUAUCCAACCCGAAGAAGUAUGGUUGUACAAAUAUCCUAACUCUCCAAGCAUCAUUGAUUUUCAUACACUUCAGGUAAGUUUCAAAAUUUUUUUCUCUGCUGCGAUCAAAUUCAUCAAUAAUAAUCAUAUCAUGAUGCUGAUUGAAAACAAAGUUUACUCCAAGGCUCUAUAGCAGGCCUGCACAAAAUACAGCCCGCAAUGUGGCCCGCCCGCACCCACUUGGCGGCCCGCAAAGUAAAGAAAUAUUCUUUAUUAUUAUUAUUUUCUUAAUAGCUUUCCCCCCUGUCCUAUUAUCUUUUGGCCCGGGCAAGCUUUUCAUAGCGUAUUAGAGCCCAUCUUACAUUUUGAGUUGCGCAGGUCUGCUCUUUAGACUUCAAAUGUUUCAAUUACACUUUAAGUAUUGAAGUUUUUUACUAAAUACAAAGGCUCCACAGUUAAUUUUUUUUUUUCAAAAUGGAAUAAUCAUGUAAAAUUUACUUUAAAAAAUUAGAAGAAAAGUAUCCAUACUUUCUGAAAUAAUAGUAUACGUAAAUAUUAUCAAUAAAAUAUUUUAUAACAGCAUGGGCUUCUUAACUUUGCCUAUGUCCACUUUAGGUAUUAAGUGCAAUGUCAACCUUCUGUGUGAUUUGGGCAAUCUACCUAUAUAACAGAAAUCUGUACAGUAGCAUUAAUGCUGUUUUAGGUAACUUAGCCUUUUUAUUUAUAUUUAUAUAUUUCAUUGUAUGACCUGGCAUUGUUGUAAUAGUGUUGUUCUAAGUUUUUUAGAAUAUUAAUAAAGAAUUACCUUGAAAUCCAACACAAAAGAACUAAACAUUUUUUGAUAAAUAAUUAGAGUUCUGCAUUUUAUUGAAAAUACACUACAUGUUCUGUUUUGUCUACACCUUAUCGGUUGCAGUUCUUAAUUAUAACCUAAUGAAAUUAUAAUAAUUAUAAUAAUAAUAAAGUUCAUUUCAAAAACACGCUUCAUCCCCAAAGGCUCGAAGCGCGGUACAAAGUUAAAAAAAAACAAAUCUAUAAUUUACCACAUUUAAAACAAACGCAACACUACAAAAACUAAUUACAAGCAUACAAUGUCAAAGUCUUUCUAGCCAUUUCAACCAUAAGCAACACAGCCAUUAUGCAUUAACUUGAAAAUAAGGUAGACAAUUAUCCUAGAAGGUGUUUGCAAAAUAGAUGUGUCUUUAAAUCGGUUUUAAAGGACUCUAGUGUCUGGUUGUUUCUGAGAUCGACAGGAAGGGCGUUCCAAAUUGUUGGACCAGCAAAUGCGAAAGUGCGCUUUCCGUAAGUCUCAAGGCAAACACGUGGUGAUGAGAGUUUGCCACUAUCGGAUGAGCGGAGCUCUCUUAGUGGGUACAUAAGGCGUCAGCAGCUCUUUCAGAUAGGACGGCGCCAGGUCAUGUAAGCAGUAGUAGCACAAAGUUGCGAUUUUGUACUCUAUGCGAGCACGCACCGGCAGCCAGUGCAACUCUCUCAGAAGUGUUUUUGCACAGUCGAACUUGCGUUUGCGGAGAACAAUGCGAGCCACAUUAUUCUGUGCUAUUUGAAUUUUAUCCAGGAGCGUAGCUGGAAGACCCACCAUGAGAGCAUUGCAAUAGUCCAUGCAUGAUAUCACAAAUGCAGACAUCAGCCUCUUUGUUGCAUCAAUUGUUAGGCAGGACCUGAUGUGACUAAUCCUGCGCAGCUCCAGAAAAAUCGCCUUUCAUAACAUGUUAAUAUGACUUUCAAAAGUUAGUCUUCUUUCUAGGUAGACACCCAGGUACCGCACUGUUUGAGCUAACUCAAUACGCACACCUGAGAGAGAAAACAAACUUACUAUCCAAUAAUGAUCAUUGACUCUCAACAAAAACAUCAGUGUUAUCUUUGUUCUUCGAUUUUUCUCCAUGUUCUGCUGUCAACUAUCAAAAUAGUAGCACACUAUUAAGUCUUGCGUGACCAAAUUGAAAUCAAUCACCAUCUUCUUCAGAGAAUCAAAAAUCACAGAGAGAAGAUCUUUUUGUAAAUAAAUUACACACAUUUUAUUCUAAAGUGAUUUAAAUUUGUAUGUUGUAAUAUCAAACUUCAGGAAAAAAAAUUUAAAUAUAUUUCCUUACAGGUGUAAGUUUAUCAAUGUACCUUUCUUUGGUGAUUACUAAUUUGAUCAAGCUUGUGGUGGGAAGGUAUGAUAAUUUUUUUUUAUAAAUACUAACAUAUGGUCAAGAAAUAAAAUAUAUUUUAAUGCUUAGUUAAAUUUUUAAAUGUUUUUUUACUGGUCACCACUAAUUAAAACUUUUAAAGACAUUUAAUUUAUUUAAGUUCAUGUCAUCAAUGAUUUAACUACAUAGUUAUUCUAAAUGUUCCAUCUUGGUUUCUUUAACAAUAACUGAAUUUACAAAACUAAUAUAGAAGUAGGAGGAUUUACUUUAUUCCUUCCAAUGUUUUCGUGGACCGGAGUUUAUCUCAUAAUUUUUGGGGAGAAUUUAUUCUAUUCCCCCAUGUUUUGGGGGAGAAUUUAUUCUAUUCCCCCAUGAAGAAAAGCUAUAGAAGUUUAAAUUCAUUAAAAAAUAUAUCUCUGUUAAUUAAGAUUUUGUGAAUGUAUAAAUAAAAGUAAAGAAGUUGUUACUGAAAACGUAUUGCUUGGACAGAGUCCUCGUCUUGGCAUAUUGUUGUUAUUCACAGUAAAUAUUGCUUCCCAAAAAUUCCUUUUAAAUCAUAUUUUAAAUGAAAUGUCGUGCCAUUGAAAGUACAUAUAUCACAAACUUAAUAUAAAAAUGCUCAAAUGAUUUCAAAAGUUUAGUGUAUUUCUGUAUUUUCCUUUUCCCGAAUUUUCUGAGAAGUCUAUUUUAAAAAUAAAUGAAACCCCGAUGUUAUUUUUAUUCAAACAAUAUUUCUAAUUCAGGCCUCGUCCAGAUUUUUUUGAUAGAUGUUAUAAAGAGCUCCCAGAAGAUCCUAAAGUUUUAUCUCAAGCAAAUUGUGACAGGUCAGGAGAUCUAGUCAGCCAAGGAUACAAAAGUUUCCCCAGUGGACACUCAACAUGUAAAAAAAAAAAAAAAAUUAAAUUUCUGAAAUUUCAUAUAGGGGCUCAUUGAGGAUAAAUUUCUAUGAAUGAAUAUAAAUAAUUAUAUAGGAUUGUUUCUUGUAUUUAAAAUAGAAUAUAAAAUUGUAAAAUUCUUUGUGCUACAGUGAAAUUAUUUUCUCUAUAAGAAUGAAAUUACAAGUUUGGCUUUGCAUUAUUUUUUUGUAUCUCUAAUAUUGAACGAUUUCAACAUACAGUCAUUUCUUGACACUUCCAAUGUUUUAUUCAACCAUCAAUUUUGAGCCUUUUGACCAUGCUGUAUCCAUCCCUAUGGAGCUACAGCCUAUGUAGGGCUUUGGCCUGGCUCACCUCUUCCUUCCACUCACACCUGAUGCUCUUCUUUUCCAUGCUUGGAUUCCCAGCUGCUGUAAAUCUUUUUCCACGUCAUAACUCCAGCAAAGCCUAGGUCUGCCUUUGAGAGUUGAGCAGUUUUCCCCUGUUUUUGGUGGUGCACUCUCUUCACUCCUCUGUCAUUUGACAUUCCUUCUAAGUGUCCCACCCAGUGUAGCCUGCCCUUUUGUAUAUCGGCUACUACCGUGGGGUCCUUAUAUAGCCUAUGCAAUUUCUGGUUGGUUUGUAUUCUCCAUCCAUAUUCAUCCUUUUUUGGUCAGUAUAUUUUCCGGAGAACAUUUCUCUCCCAUGUGUUUAAUAGGUUUUCUGCCAUUUUUGUUAGGGUCCAAGAUUAGCUUGCAUAUGUUACAACUGGUCUGAUUAUAGUUUUAUAUAUAGUUUUAUAUUUAUUUUUCUUGUAAUGUUUUUAUUUUUGAGUAUUUUGCGACUACUGAAGUGUGCCCUGUUUCCGGGAGAUUUUCUUUCUUUAUUUCUCUCAGUGAUUCAUUUAUUACAUUUAUUAAGGAACCCAAGUAUCUGAAUUGAUUUACUUUUUCAAAAGUGUGGUUUCUAAUUUUAAUGGUUUCAUUUGUCUGUUCUUCUCUUAUCAUUGUUAUGUAUUUUGUUUUUUGGUUAUCAAUGUUUAGCCCUGCUUGUAGUGAUGCAUCUUCUAACUCAAUAAAAGCUUUUGAUAUGUCUUCCCUAACAUUGCUAUGUCAUCAGUAUAUGUAAGAGACUGAAGGGAUUGGUUUUAGCGAGGGCCUAUUGGUUGUGGGUCUUGGGUUUGCUUCAGAAAGUAUCUUGUUAUUGUCCCUUGGAUGACAGUAUGUAUGCUUGUUAUAACUCUGUAAUGUUAGCUUGAAUAUUCCCCCUGUUAUAUGUAUCAGUCUUGUCAUUUUGCUGGGUGUGCCAAACUCCUGCAGAGUCUCAUAUAGAUAUUUUCUUUUGAGAUAGUCCACAUAGAGUUGAUGUACUGGGAUAUUAUAUUCAUACAAUUUCUCUAAUAGGCAUCUGAUGGUUAAAAUCUGAUCAGUCGCUGAUCUAUUUUUUCUGAAUCCACAUUGCUAGUCACCUAGUAUAUGUUUAGUGUACGGUUGUAGUUUUUUGGCAGUUAGUUUUGUCAGUUUCAUGUAUAUACCAUUUAAUAGGCUAAUUCCUCUGUAGUUUGUGCAUUGAAGUUUGGAACCUUUCUUGUGUAUUGGAGUUAUUAUUGCUGUUUCCCAUUCUGUUGGAAUUUUCUCUUCUUGCCAAAUUUUAGUUACAAGUUUAUGUGUCUAAGUGUGUAGUUUUCUUUCUCCAUAUUUAUAAGUUCUGCAAUAAUGAAGUCUUCAUCAGGGGCUUUGUGUUUUUCUUAUAGAAUUGAUUACUUCUGUAGUUUCUUCCAAAGUUGGGGAGUCCAAAGGGUCUGGUCCUCCUUGUGGUGGUUGAUAAUCUUCUUUUCCAUGGUAUGCAUUUAGUAUGUCCUCAAAAUAUUUAGCCCAACUCUCCAGUGCUUUACUAUUUUCUUUUAUUAAUUUUCCAUCAUUACUCUUACACAUCUGAGGUCUGCCUUGUUAUCCAUUCUUUUCAUCUUUUAUCUUCAUUUAAGUUCCUCUAAGAUUUCCCCCUCUUGAUAAGUCUUCUAUUUUUUUUAGUUUAGCUUUUUUCCCAUUCCUUUUUUCGUCCUACACAUUUUCGUGGCUUUCCUUCUGGCUUCAUUGUAUAUUGGUCUCAUCUUUGUGGUUUCCCUUUGUAUCAGGGUCAUUCAUGCUUUCUUCCUGUCUUCCACAGUCUCUCUGGCUACUACUCAAACCAGCCUACUCUACCGUUAGUUUGAUGAAAUCCUACUGAUUUUUCUGCUGAGCUUUUCAUAGCAUUUUUUUAUCAUGUCCCAGUGUUCAUUUAUGUUGUUUUCCCUGUUUAUUUCCUCCUGUUAUGUUUCUAGUUGUGCUUCUAAUUCAAUAUGGUAAGCUGUUGUGGCUAGUGGGCCUUUGAUAAUUUUUGGGUAAUCAUAUAGUUUUUCUCUUUGACUUCAGCCAUUGUGUAUUAUGCUUCUUCUCUGCUUUAUUCAACCGUUACAAGUGGAUGGUCAGAGUCUGCAUCUGCUCCUCGAUAGCUUCUAGCAUAUCUGAUCCAUGCCUCUAAUGAUUAGAACAUGGUCAAUUUGGUUGUGAGGGAUUACAAGUAACUUUAAGUAUAUUUUUUCUGAUCCCAUUGUCAUAUGAUUCUUCAUGUAGACUUUCCAUGGCAAUAGUUGGCAUAAACACUUUUUCUUUCCCUAUUUUGGCAUUAAAGUCACCAAUCACUAUUUUUAAAGUCAUGUCUUGGUUCCUCAUCAUAGAAGGAUUCUUUUAUCUGACCUUCUAUAUCUUCGGUAGAAGCAUACAAAUUUAUGAAUGUUUUAUUAAACAUUUUUCAUCGCACACACAAAGAGCACAAUCUUUCAUUCUCUGCUUUAAACCUAUGACUGCACUGACUGCUUCUUUCUUCAUGCUGUAUUUUAUUUGUGAAUGUUUCUUACAAUAUGCGCAUUGUUUACUGAUGAUGUUUAAAGAUGGACUUAUCUUAACUGGGACAGAGCUCCAGGCUCUUUAGUAUGAGUUACAAAGAUUUGACUGAAUUUUUUUUAAAAUAUAGGUUACCGACAGCUGAAGCAUUUUUACAUUUUAAAAAAAUUACUUUUUGCAGUGGCAUUUGGUGGCAUGGCAUACCUAUCAUUUUACAUAGCACUUAACUUAAAAGUGUUCAGCCAGAUUAAUUCACAACACUCAAGUCUGCGGUUGAUUGCUUUCCUAGUGCCAUUAGUAGUAGCAACACUAGUAGCUGCAUCUAGGACAAGCGAUUACCACCACCACUGGCAAGGUAAGACAAGAAUACACAAACUAAAGACCAAAUUUGUGAAUUGAUUUAAAUCUAUUGUUUCAUUGUUGGCCUAAACAACUACAGAUCGGCCGACUUGAAUGAAAGGAGUUGAUUAGGACCAGGUUUUGGUCCAAUUAAAUCUGCACUUAACUAAAUUUUCUCAAAGUUUCUUUGAGUGAAAAACAAAUACCAAAGUUAAUGCUAUAACACACUGCUUAGGAUAUAUUUUUAAAUGGCACAUUUUUAUUUGGCUGUUGAUUGAUUGUGUCUUCACACAAGCACUGCCUUUUCUGCUGAUGUGCUGCCAAUAAACAAAAACUAUUGAAUUAUAAUUCAAUUUUCUGAUUUAUGCCACAUAAAGUAAUAUAAUUUACUUUUUAAUUGGUAGGGGAUAAAUUAAAGAUGAAGUUAAUGGGUGAAACAAAUGUUGGCAGGUUGUUUUUUUAGUCGUUAUUGAGGUAUUCACUACUUUCUCAUUUUCCACAUUAUUUUCAUUAUUAUCAAUUCAUUCAAUUUGCUGAAAUGGUUGCUUACUGUUUUCUUUCUCAGAUGUUUUAGCUGGUUCUUUUAUUGGCCUCAUGGUGGCCUAUAUGUGUUUCCGACAAAAUUUUCCACCUCUCACAACAAAGAGGAUGGAUCUAUCUCACCCUCUGUCACCUUUGCCUGAACAACAAGGGUCACAGCUUUCAGUUAUUGAGAGUCAUUCAUCCAUUUAGAAACUUCAUCAUUAAUAAUGUUUGUUUAAAGCUGUCUGAAUAAAUUUGGCCUAUCUUUUAUUUAAUGAUAUUUAAUAGAUGUGGUAUGUGACAUCACGACCAUCAAUUUUAAAAAUGGGUUUCUUUGUGAGACAUUCCAUACCAAUUU